AUGAUUUUCGCGGGCGACUUCGCGCAGCUACCGCCUGUACAAGGCCCAUUAUUGUAUGAUCGAAAGGUGCAGACGGACGUCGAGCGCAAGAGAAUGUCGUUAGCGGUGCAGAUGAACAUCAUAGGCAAAGCUAUGUGGCACCAGGUGACGACCGUUGUGAUACUGUCCGAGAACAUGAGGAUGAAAUCAGCGACCGUCGCGGAUCGCGCUCUGACUCGUGCGCUUACCAAUAUGCGCUAUGUGGCAUGCACGCCCGAGGACCUUGAGGUGCUGCGCUCGCUCGUCGUCGGUAGCAGUCCAGAUGCACCGAGGCUGAACGACCCCACAUUCAGAGAUGUAUCCAUAAUCACGGCGAGGCACGCGGAGAAGGACGCAUUCAAUGACCUGGGGGCUAAACGAUUCGCAUCUGAUACGGGACAGGAACUUACCUCCUUUUAUUCGUGCGACUCGCGAGCAUCUGAGACGACCGUGAAUAGCAAGAAGAAGAAGAAAGGCCGUCCACGCAAGCAGAAAGUCAGCGCUAGCUCAGGCAUACCUGAAGACUUACAGAAGAUCAUCUGGUCAUCGUUGCCGUGCUUCACAGGCAACGUCGCCGGUCGGCUGGAUUUGUGUAGGGGUAUGCCCGUGAUGAUACGCUCGAACAUCGCUACAGAGCUGUGCAUGACGAAGGGACAGGAAGCUGUCGUGUACGACUGGUCAGCGUCAAUUGGCGAUCAGAAACAAAGAAUCCUGGACGUACUAUAUGUGAAGCUCGUGAAUCCCCCCAAGACCGUCAAACUGGACGAUUUAGAGGAGAAUGUCGUACCCCUAUCGCGUAUUCCUGUAACUGUAAAAUGUCACCUUCCGAACGAUCAGGUCAUAACCAUCGAGCGCAAGCAAAUUCCUGUACUACUCAACUUCUCGAUGACCGACUAUGCUUCUCAAGGGAAGACCAGAUCUGUGAAUGUCGUCAACCUAGCCAAUUCGCGCUCGCAUCAGGCUUGCUAUACCGCUUUGUCUCGAGGAACGUCUGCAGCCGCGACUGCGAUCGUAUCCUCUUUCAACGACGUGCUCAUUACCAAGGGAAUGAACGAUCAGUUGAGGAGAGAGUUUCGCAAUCUCGAGAUACUAAAUGACAUAACUCGAUUGCGCUACUUAAAAGAACUCCCGGACUGCGUGUGUGGCGACACGAGAAAUCAGCUCAUACGUAGUUUUCUGGAUUGGAAAGGUCCUACUUACGAGAUACCCGACCUUGCGAGGGUGUCACCGGAUGACUUGGGUACGUGGCGAGCGAGCAAUGGUACAGUUAAGACUGCGACUCUUCUCCUGUAUGAGCGUAGACGGUGA